AUGUGCCGAAGCCAGGAGGAAGCCGGCGAGGCCAGGAGGGCGCCGGCGAGGCCAGGAGGGCGCCGGCGAGGCCAGGAGGGCGCCGGCGAGGCCAGGAGGAUGUGCCGAAGCCAGGAGGAAGCCAGCGAGGCCAGGAGGGCGCUGGCGAGGCCAGGAGGGCGCCGGCGAGGCCAGGAAGACGCCGGCAAGGCCAGGAGGACGCCGGCGAGGCCAGGAGGAUGUGCCGAAGCCAGGAGGAAGCCGGCGAGGCCAGGAGGGCACCGGCGAGGCCAGGAGGGCGCCGGCGAGGCCAGGAGGGCGCCGGCGAGGCCAGGAGGGCGCCGGCGAGGCCAGGAAGACGCCGGCGAGGCCAGGAGGGCGCCGGCGAGGCUGGGAGGACGCGCCGAGGCCAGUAACCCAGUGCAAAGGCCCCGAGGACGGUCUGCAGAGGAGCCAGCGCCAGCUGAGCACAUCGACGAGGGCCAGCAGGUGCCCAGGAGUCCCCGGACUCUGACUGGCCAAGCCUGCGAGAGAAGGACGGCCGCAGAGAAGGCAGCCCAGGCACCCCUGUGA